AUGGAGGUCAUCGUGCUGGACUCCUCCGACUCGCCUGCCCCCGUGCGACGCUCUCCGCGGCUGUUCGUCUCGUCAUCCAGUCCCUCCGCACGCCGGCUCGUGGCCAAACGCCAACCCAAGCUCGUGCGAUCGUCCGCACACGCGUCCAGCUCCCUCCCCAGCAUCAUCGAGAUCUCGUCCAGUCCGAGCACACGCAAGUCCAGACGUCUGUCGAAGAUUGCCUUGCCCAGCUCGCCGACCAUGGAGUCGGCCCCGUGUGUGGCUGAUGUGCCUGAGCUCGACAUCACAGACCAACACAACCUGUCAGUCCAGGAGAUCAAGUCGAUGUCUGCCCCUCCUUCAGAUGACAUCCAAUUGGGCAGCAUCUUCGACAUUGGCACAAACACCACGCUGGUGUCUCCGCUGAAACCAUUGCACAAAGAAAGCACGCCCACCACGGCCCCACGCUCGGCAUAUUCUCCAGAGGAGCUGGAUGCCAUGCUUGAACAUGCGCGUAUUGCUGCCCCAAAAGAACUCAAACAGAUCAACAAGAUGCAGCGCACAAAGGAGGAGCUUAUGGCAGAGGUGAAGAUCGAGUUCGAAACCAAACUCCAUGCUAAAUUGCUCGAGAUCAACGCCGAUCUCGAUAGUCUGCUUGAACCGGUGCAAGUUGCCACUGCCUCGCUGUUCCUGCCACUGAUCCAGUUCAAACGGACAAUUCAGUCGGUGUACCACGACGAGAAAGGCGCGUUUGUGCCCGUUGAGAAGUACGACACCACAGAGUCGACGGUGGUGCUGUUCUACGAAGCAGCAGACCUCGUAGAAAAAAUUAAAGACGACUCGCUCCGCACAAUCAUCACCAGAGUCAAACGGACUCGCGACAACGCAAACAUCGUGGUCAUGAUCAACGGUUACGACCAGCACCUGCAGACCCUCCGCACCCAGCACAACAGGGCAUUUGUCACACAGGUGAUGCAGAAAAUGGGCAAAGACAAACCGCAGCGCAAGCUCGAGCGAGAAAACAGCACCAUUUCGGCAGAGACUGUGCGACAGAAACUUGCAGAGCUCGAGAUCUUCUUUGGGAUCCAUCUGUUCCCUAUAAAAGGUCUGCGGGAGCUGGUCGAGUGGCUCAAGUCGUUCUGCUACACUAUGGCUUCCAAACACUACGACCCGCACGAACGCCACCCGGACCUCGCCAACGUGGGCAACAUCCGCUCGGGCCAGACCCCUGAAGAAUGCUACCAAGAAUCGCUCAAACAAUUUAAAUAUCUAGUUACCUCGACAGCCCGCACGCUUGUUAAGGAAUACCCAACGCUUGCAGAACUUGCCCAUACCUUACAAACCAAAGUUCCAUCGCUAGUCCGGACAGACGUGGAACAGAACCUGAAAAAAGCCUUUACAAGCACCGAUCCCAACGAGCUUCUCAACGACUGA